CGCAUUGCCCAUAUAUUAUAAUACACCGAUAAUGAUUCAUUACGCGAUGUUAUAAUAUCGUUAAUCGCGUUGUCGGCCUCCUUGCAGCGGUUCGAUUCACUCGACAAUAUAACCGGUGGCGCAACAGAACUAUAAAGCGACUGAAAAACCGUCUGCUGUUCCACGGGUACGCAAACAACCACUAACCGCGACGACCGCUGCGUAAGACGAUACGACACGCGGACUUUCGCAAAAACACCUCAAUCGGACAACAAUUUUACAAAAUCAUAAUAUUAUUUCGAUGAUGCACCGCGGGACGACGGUCGGUGGCGACAAAUCGUCUUCGUCGUCGUUACUGUUGCGGCUGUCGACGACCGGCGCGUGGCUGUUGGUGUGGUGGUGCAGCACCGUCACGACUUGUGUCGCGGACUCGGGAGACUUCGACGACUAUCGUUUCGACGGUGGCCUCUGCGAGUUCUACCAGCUCAUCGAGCCCGGCAACAGGUCGUACUACUUGUAUUCGCCCGGUUACCCAGACCCGUACCUGGCCGACGACCAGGACCGGGAAUGCCGGUGGUUCGCUAAGACGCCUUCGCCCGCCGACCGGUUGGUGUUGGACUGCCACGAGUUUGAUUUGCCCGAGAGUUCUUUUUGUGAAUCGGACGCAUUGAUCGUAUCUCGAGUUGGCGACACAAACUUCACAGACGGCGUCAGGCACUGUGGACCCAGGUCAUUCACAGCUAUCAGCCGUACCAAUAAGAUGUACAUUAAGUUUGUGGCGAAACGUCAGAGCAGAAGUGGACGGUUCAUGUGCUCGGUGGGAGCGAAACGCGUGGAUUUUUGGAUCCCGGAGACCGUGACCAACCCACAGUUCUGCGAGUGUGGAGAGCAAGACCAGGGAGUGUUCGCCAACCCAAAAACAGCUGGCGUGAACGAGUACCCGUUAAUAGCAUCGCUGAUCGACGGGCAGACAGCCAACCUGUUUUGCGGCGCGGCGAUCAUAAGCAGGCACCACGCGCUGACUUCAGCCCGCUGUCUGACAAACGUCAAUCCAUUUCAAAUUGCCCUGUUGGUCGGCGACCACGAUAUGACCUCUAUAGGUAGCGAUGGCGAUCCAUCAUUAUUGGUCGUGGUCACCGAAAUUUAUGUACACCCGUUGUUCGAUCAGUCAUCCGUCACACACGACUUGGCCAUCGUUGAAACUCACGAAGUAAUUCCGUUUUCGUCUAAGGUAGGACCGGUGUGUUUGCCAUUCAAGCACGUUUACAACGAUUUCGUCGGUGAUACCAUCAGAGCCCUAGGCUGGGGGACUGUAAACUUUGACGAUCAUCCCGUGUCUGGCACACUCCAGAAAUCGCAUCUCAAGGUUGUGCCGACGUCACAAUGUGUCGAAAAGAAUAAAAAUGAGACCGACCGCAAUCAGUUGUGCGCACACUUCACCAAAGUCAAUUCUUAUUGUCAAGUGGAUUCGGGCGGCCCACUUCUGUGGUCCGACCCUUCUACCGGGAGAUUGAACAUUAUUGGUGUAGUUAGCAACAGGUUUGUCUGUGAUGAAUCGACGCCAUCCAUGCACACUAGACUGACGACAGUAAAAAACAUGAAUUGGAUUAAAGUGAUACUAACAGGACAAUAUUUCUGCAGUUGAUUACAUGCUGUUUCACCUGUACUCUGUAAGUGCACGCAAAAUUAAUUAGUAUAAAAAAAUAUUUUCAUAUUUUCCGAGAAGUGCGUAAUGAAAAUGUGAACCCUCCGGUACUAUAUUAAAAAUUCAAUAACUAAAAUUUUUGAUUUACCUACAUAAUGAAUACAAGUUGUUUUCUUUAAACUCAUGUCUUAAU